AUGGUAGCUGGAGUCGCUGUCUGUAGGGUUGGCGCGAGCGGUCGCAUCUGCACUCUGUCCGCAGCUGCUACGUCGUCCCUACGUCGUCCCCCGGUCGUCCCUACGUCGUCCCCCGGUCGUCCCCCGGUCGUCCCUACGUCGUCCCCCGGUCGUCCCUACGUCGUCCCCCGGUCGUCCCCCGGUCGUCCCUACAUCGUCCCCCGGUCGUCCCCGGUCGCCCCCGGUCGCCCUUACGCCGUCCCUACGCCGCCCCCGGUCGCCCUUACGUCGUCCCCGGUCGCCCCCCGGUCGCCCCUACGCCGCCCCCCGGUCGCCCCUGGUCGCCCCUACAUCAUCCCCCGGUCGCCCCGGUCGUCCCCCGGUCGCCCCCGGUCGCCCUCCGGUCGCCCCUAUGUCGCCCCCGGUCGCCCCCGGUCGCCCCUACGCCGCCCCUACGCCGCCCCCGGUCGCCCCCGGUCGCCCCUACGUCAUCCCCCGGUCGUCCCCGGUCGCCCCUAUGUCGCCCCCGGUCGUCACUACGUCGCCCCCGGCCGCCCUAUGUCGUCCCCGGUCGCCCCUACGCCGCCCCCGGUCGCCCCCGGUCGCCCCUAUGUCGCCCCCGGUCGCCCUAAGUUGUCCCCGGUCGCCCCCGGUCGUCCCCGGUCGCCCCAUGUCGCCCCCGGUCGCCCCUACGCCGCCCCCGGUCGCCCCCCCGGUCGCCCUACGCCGCCCCCGGUCGCCCCUACGCCCCUACGCCGCCCCGGUCGCCCCUAUGUCGCCCCGGUCGCCCUUACGCCGCCCCGGUCGCCCUCCGGUCGCCCUUUACGCCGCCCCUACGCCGCCCCCGGUCGCCCCUACGUCGCCCCCGGUCGUCCCUACGCCGUCCCUUACGUCGCCCCCGGUCGCCCCUACGCCGCCCCCGGUCGCCCCUACGCCGCCCUAAGUCGCCCCCCGGUCGCCCCCGGUCGCCCUUACGCCGCCCCCCGGUCGCCCUAUGUCGCCCCCGGUCGCCCCUACGCCGUCCCCCGGCCGCCCCUAUGUCGCCCCCGGUCGCCCCUACGCCGCCCCCGGUCGCCCCCCUCGUCGCCCCUACGCCCCCUUACGCCGCCCCCCGGUCGCCCCUACGUCGCCCCCGGUCGCCCCUACGCCGCCCCCGGUCGCCCCUACGCCGCCCCUACGCCGCCCCCGGUCGCCCCCAGUCGCCCCCAGUCGCCCCCCGGUCGCCCUACGCCGCCCCCCCGGUCGCCCCUUACGCUGCCCCUACGCCGUCCCCCGGUCGCCCUUACGCUGCCCCUACGCCGCCCCCAGUCGCCCCUACGCCGCCCCCAGUCGCCCCUACGCCGCCCCCGGUCGCCCCUACGCCGCCCCCGGUCGCCCUUUACGCUGCCCCCGGUCGCCCCUUACGCCGCCCCCAGUCGCCCCUACGCCGCCCCCGGUCGCCCCUACAUCGCCCCUACGCCGCCCCCAGUCGCCCCUACGCCGCCCCCAGUCAUCCCUACGCCGCCCCCAGUCGCCCUUACGCCGCCCCCGGUCGCCCCCGGUCGCCCCCCGGUCGCCCCCAGUCGCCCCAACGCCGCCCCCGGUCAUCCCCGGUCGCCCCCAGUCGCCCCUACGCCGCCCCCGGUCGCCCCCGGUCGUCCCCCAGUCGUCCCUACGUCGUCCCCCGGUCGUCCCCCGGUCGUCCCCCAGUCGUCCCUACAUCGGCCUCUCAGUGCUCCCGUCCUUGGGCUUUCCCACGUGUAG